CGCGGCGACGGCUACGGCAUCACCCUCCACCUCGACAGCGCCCGGCACGAGGAGAUUGACGAGUUCAGCACGAGCGGCUUCAUCGGGGCCAUCGUGAACCCGAGCGACGCAAACGACGUCACGCUCGUGGUCCCCAGCUCAAAGUGUAUCAUCGACAGCGUCACGAGCGACAGCAUCCUCCAGAUCGGCCGCAGCUUCGGCUGGAAGGUCGAGCAGCGCGCCAUCAAGUACGGCGAGCUGCCGGCCUUCUCCGAGGUCAUGGCCGCGGGGACGGCCGCGGCCCUCGUGCCCAUCCGCUCCAUCACCCGUCGAAACGCCCCGGCUGGCGGGCUGCCCUCCGACUCGCCCCGCGUGAGCGUCGGCAAGGGGGAGGAGGUCGUGACGUUCCUGCCCCAGGAGCAGGAGGAUGCGGGGCCCAUCUGCCUGAAGCUGAUUACGCAGCUCAAGGCCAUCCAGCUGGGCAAGGUGGAGGACGCAUUUGGCUGGAGGGUCGAGGUCGGCACCAACGAUCUGGAGCUGGCGGGGACUGAGCGUGAGCGGAAUGGGAAGACGCCGACUGUGGAUCAGAUGGAGUAG